UCAAAUAUACAAUCCUACCAACCACGUCACACAUACACACAGAAAUGGAGACUGUGAACAGAGGCAAAAUCAUUCUCGGUCUGGAACUCAAUCUGAUUCUAUUUCAUGUCGGUGCUGUGAGCAACUGUACCGUCUCAGUGGUUCAACUACCUUCCCUUGAAGUGGACUACACUCAAAAGGCUGUGACCAUGCAGUGCUCCUUCUCCACAGAGGGGUGCCCUGCAGAGCAACCAACAAGCCUGUGGUUUCGCUAUGGCGCUCUCCAGCCCGAGAACCUGUGCUUGGAUGGAUGCAGAAAUGAGACAGACAAAUUCACACUUGUGAAUCUGGCACAAAACCAAGUUUCCCUCACUGUAAACAGGCUGACUUCCAAUGACAGUGCAAUCUACAUCUGUGGAAUAGCCUUUCCCAGUUCAAAGGAACCGAAAGCUAAGCGGACGGGAGGAGGGACUGUGCUGGUGGUAAGAGAGACGAAGGUUCUCAGCAAGGAACUGUGGAGUCUCCUGACGGCCCUCUUAUCACUGCUCUCUAUCUACUUGACUGGUGUAUUCGUGUUCUUCAUCGUCCUCACCAAAGAAAUACCACCUGCAGAAGAGUCAAAAUCUAACACUCUAAGAAAGAAAGAAACAGAAGAUUCACAAAAGAAAAAGAGUGUUCGGCGUAUUUUUCAGGAAAUUGCUCAAGAACUAUAUAAUAAGAGACACAUGGAAACAAGCCAACAACCUCAGGAGUAAGACAACACUUAUGAAAAUAGAAGAGCACUUUCUAACUAUGAAAGACCACAGAAAUCUUCUGAUUUUCAAUUAAGUCACUGAAAAUCCAACUCCAGAAGUUAUGGAAGUGUUAAUGGACAUACACUGAUCAGGGUUUUUUAAAAAAACAAUUUAUAGUAAACAGAAAAGUCAACUGGCUACAAGAAGGAUGCCAGAGUACAAGGAAACUAUUACUAAGAGUAAUUAUCACAAUACUAAAACCCAACAAAAUGCAACUGAAAAAUACUUUCCUAAUUUGCUAGGAGAAUUCUAAGCAGUCAAACAUCUUCAAAAACUCUCAAUUAUAGCAUAUAUCCUAUAUUUGUUUCAUUCAACAUAUGAGGUGCACCACAUGAUGACUGUUACCCUGAAGAAGAUUUGAAGUCACACCAUGUGCCUCAGUCUUGUGUGGAAGAAUUGUCUUUACGGUGUGUAGAAGUGAUGGGCCAAUUAGACUAAGUUGGCAGGGAAGGAGGAUGGAGGGAGGAAGGAGAGUGGCAAAAUUUGAGUUAGAAAAAAUCAUCUUGAAAAGUAUUUUGUAGCAAAAAAUAUUUCCUCUGGUAUUGCAAUGGGGCAACGGUAUAGUGCACAUUUUCCUACCAGGGUAUGCAAAAUAACUUACAUCAUGCUACCAACAAAAAGUGAGACCAGAACAGAAUACAGAGUAAGAAUACAAUAACUAAAAUACAGAAAAUCCAGGGCAGAAGGUUCAACCAGAAAAAAACUCAGAACAAAUAAGCCACAUCGGACUCUAGAUGUCAGUCUCGUGCCAAACAACAGCACCAGGGAAGGAUUCGGCAAUGCACUGUUCCUGACAAUGCCCUUGCAAUACUGAUUUUUUUUCUCUUUUAAUAAGUCAUUGUAUUACACACACAAACACACAAAUGUACAUAUGUGCACACACAUACACACCUAUACUUUAUACAUAGCUGGGAUCAUACUAAGUAUAUAGUUUUGUAUUGUACAUUGCAUUGUUGAUUUUUAACCAACUUAGGAGGGAAAUGUUAGGUAAGGGACUGGGUAUAGAGCAAGGAUGUUUAUGGCACUCAUUACCAUCUCACUAAGAAAACACGUUAUGAAUUGUUCUCUGAAAGUUACGUCUGUGUAAAAAAAAUCUAUUUAAAGUACCUACAAGUAUAUGUUCAUUACUAAACAUGAAUUACAAUCUAU